UGUCAGGAAGUGCCUGUUGCUGGGGCUCCGCCUGCCCGACACCCCCUCUCUGUUCACCUGGGAGCUGGGUAAACCCAGGCUGUACCUGUCUGCCGAGCCCAGGGGGUUGUAGCAGGAUCCUGGCAUGCCCUUCCCCCCGAGUGGGCCUGCCCUGUGGCGCUCAGAGGAGCCGCAGCGGCUGUGGGCCUGGAACGACCAGGCCCAGGACGCGAGGGCAGGGGGGCAGCCUCGCCCCAAAGGUUCCGGGCGUGGGGAGGCUGAGACUCGGGAGUGUAUCUACUACAACGCCAACUGGGAGCUGGAGCGCACCAACCAGAGCGGCCUGGAGCGCUGCGAGGGCGAGCAGGACAAGCGGCUGCACUGCUACGCCUCCUGGCGCAACAGCUCGGGCACUAUCGAGCUCGUGAAAAAGGGCUGCUGGCUGGAUGACUUCAAUUGCUACGACAGGCAGGAGUGUGUGGCCACUGAGGAGAACCCCCAGGUGUACUUCUGCUGCUGUGAAGGCAACUUCUGCAACGAGCGCUUCACCCACUUGCCGGAGCCUGGGGGCCCAGAAGUCACCUACGAGCCACCUCCGACAGCCCCCACCCUGCUCACGGUACUGGCCUACUCGCUGCUGCCCAUUGGGGGCCUCUCCCUCAUUGUCCUGCUGGCCUUCUGGAUGUAUCGGCAUCGCAAGCCUCCCUACGGCCACGUGGACGUCCAUGAGGACCCCGGACCUCCACCCCCAUCCCCUCUGGUGGGCCUGAAGCCACUGCAGCUGCUGGAGAUCAAGGCUCGGGGUCGCUUUGGCUGCGUUUGGAAGGCUCAGCUCAUGAAUGACUUUGUGGCUGUAAAGAUCUUCCCACUCCAGGACAAGCAGUCGUGGCAGAGCGAACGGGAGAUCUUCAGCACGCCAGGUAUGAAGCACGAGAACCUGUUGCAGUUCAUUGCUGCCGAGAAGCGAGGCUCCAACCUGGAGGUGGAGCUGUGGCUCAUCACAGCCUUCCACGACAAGGGCUCCCUCACGGAUUACCUCAAGGGGAACAUCAUCACCUGGAACGAACUGUGUCAUGUGGCAGAGACGAUGUCACGAGGCCUCUCGUACCUGCACGAGGAUGUGCCCUGGUGCCGUGGUGAGGGCCACAAGCCUUCUAUUGCCCACAGGGACUUCAAAAGCAAGAAUGUCCUGCUGAAGAGUGACCUCACUGCUGUGCUGGCAGACUUUGGCCUGGCUGUUCGGUUUGAGCCGGGAAAGCCUCCAGGGGACACCCAUGGGCAGGUUGGCACGAGACGGUACAUGGCCCCUGAGGUACUGGAGGGAGCCAUCAACUUCCAGAGAGACGCCUUCCUGCGCAUCGACAUGUACGCUAUGGGGCUGGUGCUUUGGGAGCUGGUUUCUCGUUGCAAGGCUGCAGACGGGCCUGUCGAUGAGUACAUGCUGCCCUUUGAGGAGGAGAUUGGCCAGCACCCUUCACUGGAGGAACUGCAGGAGGUGGUUGUCCACAAGAAGAUGAGGCCCACCAUUAAGGAUCACUGGCUGAAGCAUCCGGGCCUGGCCCAGCUCUGUGUGACCAUUGAGGAGUGCUGGGACCAUGAUGCCGAGGCUCGCCUUUCUGCUGGCUGUGUGGAGGAGCGGGUGUCCCUCAUCAGGAGGUCGGUCAACGGCACUACCUCGGACUGUCUAGUCUCUCUGGUGACCUCCGUCACCAAUGUGGACCUGCCCCCUAAAGAGUCCAGCAUCUAAGUCUAGGAUACGAGCGUCUCUCCAGACUCAGUGGAUCUGAAGACAAAAGGAAAAAAGUUGUGUUUUGUUUUGGAAAUCCCAUAUAACCAACAAACACAUAAAAUGCAGCUGCUAUUUUA